AUGGAUGUCUGGUUCAGCGCAACCCAGGCAAAGUGUGAGGUUGUGUUCGAGAUGAAGCUGUCGCUCUAUGCAGACGCCUGUGCUUCCCUCACAACGCGUGCAGGCGACAUCGCCUACCAGCGGCAGCAGGUGAAGGAAGAGGAGGCUGCAACAGGAUCAAAAGAUGUGCAGCUGCUGGCGUCGAUGCUGCUCACAAAGCCGCUCAAGGUGCCCAAGACAGCCGGCUUUGUGGAUGCCGUUGAGCAGCAGCUUCACGCGGUCUAUGGGGAGCUGGAGGAUGGAUACACCUUGCAUGAUGACGACAAAGUGGCGCUUGAGCGUGCCGGAUCCUCCCGAGGGACGCCUCUUGACAUUGAUGUUGCGGCAUCGCAAGCAGACGCAAAUGGGAACCCGCUACUCUACGGGGAGCUCACGCCAAAGGGCACCCGACAGCUGCACGACGUCGUGAUGCAGUGCGUCGCACGGGCCGGCGUCGUUGCACUGAGUGGAGGCAGACCAACACAUCUAGAGGAGGGAGAAAAAGACACAGAGAGUAUUGAGAGAGAGGCGGCUGCGGCAGCGGCGACGGGUGGGAAUGCGCGUCAGUGCUAUCAUCACUCUCUCGUGGCGAUUGACGUGGGGAGCGGCACGGGGAAACUCUUGUUCGAGUGGUCGCUGCUGGCGUGGAGGGAUGCCGCACCGUACCGCUGCUGCUGGACGCACGUGGGGCUCGAGCUCGUGCCGUCGCGGAUGCGCAUCGCCCGCCGCGCACUGCCGCACAGCGCCGCACUUGUGCGCGGCCGAGUCGAGCAGCCGCAGCAGGACUGCUGUUGGGUCGUUAAUCCACCCAGCGAUGGUGCGGGCGACGGACGUGUCGUGCUGGGUGAGGCGGAUGCCUUUGCUCCAGGGCUUCUCACCAACGAGACAUUCCGUCCUGUCGCGGACGCCAUGCUGGGGCGUGCUGCGAGUGGCGACAAGCACGACAGCAACAGCACACCUUGCCAUUUGGUGGUGUUCUGCUGUGGCUUGGGAUUUGUGGAGCCUGCCGUUCGUGAGCUCUGCGCUGCACUGGAGCGCAUGUGGCAAGCACCGUACGCCCCACACUCUUCGCCGUGGCGCACCAUGACUUGCGUGUUGCUGCUGCGCCCCUUUGAUGGGCUUCGGACGUUCCCGCUCUUUCGCCUUUGCACAGACGCUGCUGCUGGGGGAAAGCAUGAUGCGUCUGCUGGGUCUCUCUCCACGGCUCUGCUGGAGACGACGUGGAUGAGUGAGGCGCCGGCGUGGGUGCUGUCAUUUCGCGCUGAGUGA